AUGACUACAAUACGACCAUUCAAUGUUUUUGAUCUCUUUCGCUUUAAUAAUGUGUUAUAUGGUUUUAGUUUUUAUCUACAGUAUUUAAUUAAUCAUUCGGAAUACUUUCAAGUUUUUGAACAUCCAAAUGGUGAGAUUAUGGGAUAUGUAAUGGGUAAAGCAGAAGGUGAAAAGGAAAAUUGGCAUAGUCACGUAACUGCGGUUUCUGUAGCACCGGCUUAUCGCCGUUUGCAUUUGGCUGCGCGAAUGAUGAAAUCAUUGGAAGAGAUUUCCGAAAUGAGGCGAUGUUAUUUUGUUGACCUUUUUGUGCGAGUAAGUAAUAAUGUUGCUAUAAAUAUGUACAAAAGCCUUGGAUAUAUCGUUUAUCGACGAAUUAUCGACUAUUAUUCAGGAAAAUUUGAAGAAGAUGCCUAUGAUAUGCGAAAAGCAUUAUCACGCGAUCAUCAGAAGAAAUCAGUAGUUCCCAUAAAAUUGCCCGUCAGUUGCAAUGAAAUUGAUUUGGGUGAUUAA